UUGUGACCUAAAAAUAAAAAUGGGUCUAUUAGAUCUGGAAAAGCACUUUGCUUUCUAUGGUUCUUAUCACAGCAACCCAAAAAACAUCAUAAUUCACAUCCUUUUCGUUUGGCCAAUUCUCUUCACUGCUCUUGUUCACCUUUACUUCACUCCUCCACUUUUUCAUUGUUAUGUCCUUAAUUUUAUCAACCCUAUCUUGAUUUUUAACCUUGGUUUCGUAUUCGCUGUUGUCUACGGUCUCUUCUACGCUGCUUUGGAUAUAAAAGCUGGUUCGUUUGCCGCGGUUCUUACCUUUCUUUGCUGGGUUGGUGCUAGUUUCGUCGCUAAAUCCAUCGGCUACGAACUUGCUUGGAAGGUUGUGUUGGCUACUCAGUUGUUUUGUUGGGCAGGACAGAUUUUUGGCCAUUAUGUGUUUGAGAAACGUGCACCCGCUCUAUUGGACAACAUUGCUCAAGCUUUUCUAAUGGCUCCUUUCUUCGUGGUUCUUGAGAUCCUCCAAUCAUCCAUAGGAUAUGAACCAUAUCCUGGAUUUCAGAGAAAGGUGCAGGCAAGGAUAGAUGCUAAUAUCAAAGAAUGGAAGAACAAGCAACAAAAGAAAAUUUCAUAGUUUGAAAAAGUUGUUACACAAGUUGUUACAAAUAUUGUUGUUAUCGAUAAUUCCCAUCGAAAUAAAGAAAAAUAAUAGAUUGCAGGAGACUAGAUAAGAUUAAUUUUGUUGAACGGAGAUAAUGUUAGAAAUU